GUUGGGGGGGAAAAAAAGAGAAGAAAAUAGAAGGGAAAUUCGGGGUUGCGGAGCGACGGCGGGUUCCGAGCGGGGCCUAGCGGGUGCUUGAAGCGGGUGCAGGUGGCGGAGAGCGAGCCUGGUCUCGCGUAUGCGGCGGGGUGACGUUGGAGGGCGGGCGUGUGUUUGUUUCUGAGAUCAUGGCUGCAGAGAAGAACAACAACUUAGUCUGAAUGAGGAAGAGCAGGAAGAAGAUGGGCCACUGUGAUAUACUCUUUGAAAAGAGCAAUCGAAAGUCAUCUUUGUCUUAUUGCUGUUCAGGAAGGAAUUCUUCUACAGAAGCAGUGCAUAACUUACUACAAGAGGCAAAUUAAACUGGUGAUCAUGCUGCUAAAUUGAUAAUGUGGACUCCUCAUGUCAUCUGCUUUCUGGUUUUGGGGUUUUGGCAUCGGUGAUGAGAAAUGGGGUAUGAUGUAGCUCGUUUUCAAGGGGAUGUUGAUGAAGAUCUUAUAUGUCCCAUCUGCAGCGGGGUCUUGGAGGAGCCAGUGCAGGCUCCUCAUUGCGAACACGCCUUCUGCAAUGCCUGCAUCACCCAGUGGUUCUCCCAACAACAGACUUGCCCCGUGGACCGAAGUGUGGUGACCGUGGCUCACUUGCGGCCUGUUCCUCGGAUCAUGCGUAAUAUGCUAUCUAAGCUGCAGAUCACAUGUGACAACGCUGUUUUUGGUUGUACCGCUGUAGUGCGACUUGACAACCUGAUGUCUCACCUCAACGACUGUGAACACAAUCCAAAGCGGCCUGUGACUUGUGAGCAGGGAUGCGGCUUGGAAAUGCCCAAAGAUGAGUUACCGAAUCACAACUGCAUCAAACACUUGCGGUCAGUGGUGCAGCAGCAACAGACAAGGAUAGCUGAGUUGGAAAAGACUUCAGCAGAACAUAAGCACCAGCUAGCGGAGCAGAAACGUGACAUUCAGUUGUUGAAAGCAUAUAUGCGAGCGAUACGUAGUGUCAAUCCCAACCUGCAGAAUUUGGAGGAAACUAUUGAAUAUAAUGAAAUCCUAGAGUGGGUGAACUCCUUGCAGCCAGCCCGAGUGACUCGGUGGGGCGGUAUGAUUUCUACACCAGACGCCGUACUUCAGGCUGUCAUCAAGCGCUCAUUGGUGGAGAGCGGCUGCCCCACAUCCAUCAUCAACGAGCUGAUUGAAAACGCCCACGAACGGAACUGGCCCCAGGGCCUGGCCACGCUAGAAACCCGCCAGAUGAACCGGCGCUAUUAUGAAAACUAUGUGGCCAAACGCAUUCCGGGCAAGCAGGCUGUGGUGGUGAUGGCCUGUGAGAAUCAGCACAUGGGUGAGGAGAUGGUGCUGGAGCCAGGCCUGGUUAUGAUAUUUGCACACGGAGUGGAGGAAAUCUAAAGACUUAGCAGAGAUGAUGAACGAAUGUGCUUGAGAGAGAAAUAUACCGUGUCCAAGCUGACUGAUCUUGCCCCGCUGUGCCGUGUCAGGGCAUUAUUUCUCUCUGUUGAUUAACACACCACUUCCUAAUUAUACUGGGCAGGUGCCCAGCAACUUAUGCAAGAUGCCGUGCUGCAUUUUCCCCACCCCACCCCACCCCCUUGUGAUAAUCCCACUCCGGUUUGAUGUUGGCGCAGGUUUCCAAAUGUCUUCAUAAAAGCACAAGAAACUCCUCUGUGCUCCGGUGAGUGGGCUUCUGCCGUAAACGUCUUUAGAGAAGUCUUCAAUCUCCUGACAUGAGUGCAUUGGCCCAGAUGACUUGGUUUCUCUUCAAAGCAUCUCUGUGCAGGCAGGGCACACGCUUUCCCCAUCUUGGCCCCAUAGCAUCUGACUUUCACACAGUACCUUUAAGGCACAACUUGGCAGCCUUAUUUUGGGGUGGAUGGACAAGGAUGGGGUACACAAGAAGGCAGAUGCCAAACUGGGAGUAAUGCCAAAUAAAAUAUACAUACCAGUAGUGAUGUCUUUGGCAUACAAAGUGUUAUGGAGCCAAAAAGCCGACAGGACAAUUUCUGCAACUUCCUUGAGAUGCGUGGCCUUACGUUGCACAGAAGACAACCCUUCCUUUUCAGAUAGGGCCUGGUUUUCAACAGAAUUAGCAUUUUUAGCAAUGUGCUGUUGCUGCUGCUGCUGCUGCUGGUGCAGAAUUAAAUGCACAUCUCCUCGCAGAACCCAGAUGUCAUCUUCCUCCUCGUACUCUCAAAGUGCCGCUGGUGAGGUCAGGUUCUGUGCUGACUUCAGUCCUUUAUCAUAGGAUGCAAGCCUCCAAGCAGAUGCUCUGCUCAGUUUGAACAGAACCAGACUCCUCUGAAUUGUGUGUGUGCCAUUUAAGGUUGUCUCAACUUCGUGACCUUGCAAAGAAAAUGGGGAAAAAAUUGAAAUUAACCUGGAUGAAACUGUCUUGUCAUUGUACGUUGGCUGUUUUGAUAAAUCUGUGUUUUGUUUUGUUUUUGACAUCUCGAUGAUUGUGUCCAGUAUUUUUUUUGUACUACUUUUGCCUUUAUAUGUUUCCCUUAUUUUAUUUUUUAAAUACAGUGGUCAGGAAUGUCUUCAGGUCCAAGUUUAGUUUACCUGUUAAAUUUAAUUUAUUUGCAACCGUUUUUUACAGCCGCUUUCUUUUUGUGUGUGUUGCUUUGAAUAUUUCUUCCUUGCGUUUAAGCAUUUGUGCUGGAGUUGGUGGGACAAGGAAUAAAAACAUCAAUAAAAGAGCAGUUGGACCUUGCUCUGUAUCUAAACACUGACAGUACCAUCCCUUCUGAACAGCUUUCACUUUGUUAAGACUCCCUGAAUAUCCUCAUCUGAGCAGAAACUUUGAACCAAGGUUUAAUUCCCUUUCUUGUGCUAUUGCUGCCUGAAAUGGUUGCUGUUAAUAUUUCACAUAAGGGAUUUGCAACAGUAGAUGACCAUAGCUGCUGCCUUCAGCAUAGAGUUUGGACCACUUUGCAAGCAGUUACCAUCUGCAAAUGUUUGGGACAGAAAGAACUCCUGGAUACUAUCAACAGGAAUGAUGGCUGCUUGAGGAAUGUUUCCUCUCCUGCCGCACUGUAAAUGGAUGCAAUGGAAUACAUCAUCUAAGAAGUUUUUCCCCAGUCCUGUAUUAUAGUAAGUGGCCUGGUUCUUCAUGGUGAUCCUAUGGUGGAGAAUCAGCGUAUAUUGGGAAUGUGGUUUUCACAGCAAUUGAUAGCCUACAACCAUUGCUCUUUUUGUGGAAAGUGGGGUGGGGUGGGAGAAAGGAUAGAAGAGUAUAGGAAGACACGAUUCUUAAACCCCUUCAAAAAUAAUCUCCAUCCCUCUUGUGGAACUUCAAUCAUUCCUAUGAAUAAAGUGCAUGAAUAACGCAGCUUAGCUUUUGUUUAUGAUCUUGAAUAUUCACCAAGCAGAUGCUGUUUCCGGUUUCAUUCUGUGGGAAAUGCUUGUGCUUUGGAGAUACUUAAGUCUGCAGCAAUCAAUCUGUUCGUGGCCUUUGCUUUUUCACAGACCUGUUCAUUAGCUGCUCUCCAGCUCUGCCGUGUCCUCCGUUUUCCUCCUCCUUCCAGUUUUUCUCCUUUGUUGGCACACUGCUUAUGCUCUGCUCCCAAGUAGAACUUUGCUUCAGAAACCGAGCCUGUUACCAUUUCCUAUGGUGUUUCAGCUUUUACAACUGUUAACUGUAUGAGCUGCUACUUAAAAGUAACUUUACAGUUCAUUUCUUCGUACUUCAAUUUUGUAAGUGAUGAUUUAAAAACACCUGGAAUGUGCUUCAAAAGUCAGAUCAGUUUUAGGGAUGGAAUGGGUUGUGCUCGUAUACAUGUCAGUGAUAAAUGACAUGUUUAGAAAGGGGAAUAUGCUGGUUGGAAGUAAUUUCUAACUCUGUCCCUGUUGCUCAGGAAUUGAAAAAGCUGCUAAAUCCAACCUAAUAACUGUAUCUUGAGCGAAACUGACUUCACUGUUUUCUCCUAACACAUCUUGUUUACCUCCCCUCGAUGUCCUGCUGUCACUCUUGUGCUCUGAAACGUACCAUAGAGUUUGUUAUGUCUCCUGGCAGUACGCAAGUUGCUGAUCACAUUUUGUGUUUUGCUGUUCAAUUGUGUUGACUGCACUAAUAAAUUGCCUUUUUCCUGA